AAUGGGAAGUGCAUCCCGGAGGCGCUGCUUUGCGACAACAACAACGACUGCACGGAUGGCUCGGAUGAGCUCAACUGCUUCAUCAAUGAGUGCCUCAACAAGAAGCUGAGCGGCUGUUCCCAGGAGUGUGAGGACCUCAAGAUCGGAUACAAGUGCAGAUGCCGUCCCGGGUUCCGGCUGAAGGACGAUGGGAAGACGUGCAUUGACAUCGACGAGUGCUCCACCACCUACCCCUGCAGCCAGAAGUGCAUCAACACUCUGGGGAGCUACAAGUGCCUGUGCAUAGAGGGCUACAAGCUCAAACCUGACAACCCCACCAGCUGUAAAGCUGUCACAGAUGAAGAGCCAUUCCUCAUCUUUGCCAACCGAUACUACCUGCGGAAGCUCAACCUGGAUGGCUCCAACUACACGCUGCUCAAGCAGGGGCUGAACAAUGCAGUGGCUCUGGAUUUUGACUAUCGGGAGCAGAUGAUCUACUGGACAGAUGUCACCACGCAGGGCAGCAUGAUCCGCCGCAUGCACAUCAACGGGAGCAACGUUCAGGUUCUUCACCGCACUGGCCUCAGCAACCCUGACGGGCUGGCUGUGGACUGGGUGGGAGGCAACCUGUACUGGUGCGACAAAGGCCGGGACACCAUUGAAGUGUCGAAGCUCAACGGCGCCUACCGCACCGUGCUGGUGAACUCGGGCCUGCGUGAGCCCCGGGCGCUGGUGGUGGAUGUGCAGAACGGUUACCUAUACUGGACAGACUGGGGAGACCACUCCCUGAUCGGGAAGAUCGGCAUGGAUGGCACCAACCGCAGCGUCAUCGUUGACACCAAGAUAACUUGGCCCAAUGGCCUCACCCUCGACUACAUCAACAGCCGGAUCUACUGGGCCGAU